AUGGCAUCUAAUUCUUGGUGGUCCUCGUCUUCUUCGGACGAAGAGGAGAUGUUUUUCGCAAACGCUGUGGUAAAGGCGGCGCAGAUUCUUUUGGAGGAGGAAGAGGAAGAUGGCUCGUCUGAAAACGAGCGCACGAGAAUUGGUGAACGAUUAUAUUUCGGAUGCACCCCUUUACAAUGCCGACAUUUUCAAACAAAGGUUCCGAAUGAGUCGCCGGAUAUAUUCACACGGAUUGCUGAUGAUUUGGCGGGGCUAGACCCGUUUUUCACGCAACGACCCGAUGCUCGGAAUUAUGAAGGGUUUACCACGUUACAAAAGUGUACUGCGGCCAUUCGCCAACUGGCGUACGGGACAGUAGCCGACGCUUUGGACGAGUACUUACAGAUGUCGGCAAGAACUUCGCGGGAAUGUUUGUAUCGGUUUUGCCAUAAUGUGGUCAAACUGUAUAGCAAACAAUAUUUGCGGAAACCAAACGCGUAUGAUGUUCAACAGUUGUACCAGGCUCAUGAAGCAAGGCACGGGUUUCCGGGAAUGCUUGGUAGCAUUGAUUGUAUGUAUUGGGCGUGGCAUAACUGCCCGACUGCGUGGCGAGGCAAUACACGCGAGGUGAUCACGACCAUCCAACCUUAA